ACAUGACGCGUGGCCACUUCCUGUAAAGCCGAAGGGUGGGACAAGCGGAAGCUGGGUCCUACCGAGCUAGCAGUUUUCUCUCCGCCGAGCAGCAGGACCGAUUAUCAUCACUCAACAUGCCGGCGUAUCACUCAAGUCUGAUGGUCCCGGAAACCAGGCUGGUGGGGAACAUGGCUCUGCUGCCUCUCAAAACCCAGUUCAAGGGACCCGCCAGAGGAGACGGUGCAGAGUCCGACAUCAUUGAUGAGGCAAUCUACUACUUCAAGGCCAAUGUUUUCUUUAAGAAUUAUGAAAUCAAGAAUGAGGCGGACAGGACGCUGAUCUACGUCACACUGUACAUCUCUGAAUGCCUGAAGAGGCUACAGAAGUGCAGCUCCAGGAGCCAGGGGGAGAAGGAGAUGUACACGCUCGGCAUCACUAACUUCCCCAUUCCUGGAGAGCCUGGCUUUCCUCUCAAUGCCAUGUAUGUCAAGCCUGCAAACAAGCAAGAGGACGAGACCAUGAGAGCGUACCUGCAGCAGAUCCGCCAGGAGACCGGCCUGAGGCUAUGUGAUCGCGUGUUUGAUCCCCAGACAGACAAACCCAGCAAGUGGUGGGUGUGCUUUGUCAAAAGGCAGUUCAUGAACAAAAGCCUCUCCGCUCCUGGACAGUGAUGGACUCACUCCAUUUCUAUUCUACGCCUGCGAGAUGGAUGGAUUUCUUUUUGUGUGGGGUGGAUGUCUGCUCCUAUGUUAAAUGAUUUUUUUAUAAUCUUUGAGUUCAAGGAUAUCUCUUCACAUUUUCAGAUGUUGACCAUAUUGAGCUGGUGCUUAAUUUAAUAAAGCAAUCAUGGAUAA